GGCUUUUCCAGGCUGCUAGGUCAUCACCACUGUUGAAGGGACAUCAAUUGACACAUCGUCCGGGACAAACACUAGUGCACAGAUAACCCGGAGCCGCGAAAAUGCCCAAGAGCAAGCGUAAUAAAGUUGUGUCGCUGACCAAGGUUAAGAAGAAGGACCGCCAAUGGAAGGAGGGGCUGCUGGAGAAGAUUCGGCAGUCGCUCGACACCUACCCUACCGUCUACGUAUUCAAGUAUUACAACAUGCGGAAUGAGAGCUUCAAGCAGCUUCGAGAGGACCUGAAGGACAGCAGCCGGUUCGUGCUGGGCUCCACUGCUCUGAUGCAGGUGGCUUUGGGCAAGAGCGAGGCGGACGAGUACAAGGCGGGGCUGUCGGGACUGGGCGAGCACAUCAAGGGGACGGUGGGGCUGUUCUUCACCAAGCUACCACACGAGCAGGUGAAGGAGCACUUUGAGGCGUACGUGCACGAGGACUAUGCGCGCGCCGGCGCCAAGGCCGCGCACGACUUCAGCCUGACGGAGGGGCCGCUGAGCGGGCCGAUGGGCCCCCUGCCGCACACCCUGGAGCCGCAGCUGCGCAAGUUCGGCCUGCCCACCAAGCUCAACAAGGGCGUGGUGGAGCUGCUGAAGGACCACACGGUGUGCCGCGAGGGCCAGAAGCUGGAUGCGGCUCAGGCCGGCAUCCUGCGUGUGUUCGACAUCAAGAUGGCCGAGUGCAAACUCAAGCUGCUGGCGGUCUGGCGCAGCGGCGAGGACGGCAACGGCGAGGUGGAGCAGCUGUCAGAGGAUGACGAGGAGUACGGCGGGGCGGGCGGCGAGUUCGACGCCAUUGGCGACGACCUGGCGAUGGGCAGCGGCGGCUUCAGCGAUGACGGGCAAGACGGCGACGGUGACGGCGAUGGCGACGGAUGACGCGGCGCGAGUGUCCGGCGGCGAGUUCGGGGAGGUGGUGUAGACAUGGUGUGGCAGCAGGACUGUAGGGUGACACUUGGUUCGUAGGGAGCUAGGCACCGCACUUGCCUCUGUAUAGAUUUAGUUGUUAUCAACUUGGGAGAGGGGAUGCGACAGCCGUGAGAGCUGGCGGGUUGCCGGGCUGCGGCUGUUUGGGGGUUAGCUUGGGUGGGGGCUCAGGCGGGGGCGGAUUGGCUCCUCCGCUGCAAGGGCACUGGUCGGUACCGUGAGCCCGUGAUUGCACGGGUGUGGCGGCGGACCGAGUAGUCGUGGUGCAGUAGCUAGAGCCGCUUGGCGCGGCACGUGAGUCCCAUUUCUUGAUGUCUACAUGAGUGCCCGUGUGCCGCAGCGGCACGCGCGCGUUGGCAUUUGUGGGCUUGUGGCUCGUGGAAUCGAUGUGGGCGAGGCUUUGAAGGUGAGGCGAUGCGACCGUGUUGCCACGGGCGCGGAGCUGUGGACGCCGUGCGCAGCCAUGCGGGCGUACGGUGUGUGUAGGAGCAGCAGCGAGCUGAUGAUGUGGCGGAGGCGAGCGCCCCAGGGUGGGCUGGGCUGGCGACCAGGGGGACCGCGCCCACUUCUGUUGCGAGUGGAGCGGAGCUUGGGUGGGCGGGCCGUAUGGCCAGAGGGCGGCAGCCAAAGGGGAGCCCCUGACCCCUGUGGAGACCGGCUUUGUAACUUGGUCCAACC